CGAAACUUUAGGAAGUUGGAACUGUUUCAAAAAGGCUCAGAACGCUGGAAACCUUAAUAAAACUGUUGUCGAUAGACAGUGGACAUUCUCUAUCGCUCUCUCUCUCUCUCUCUCUGCGAUUUCAAGGAUUUUGAAUGGCUGAAGACUUGGACGACGGAGAGUUUUGGCUGCCUUCGCAGUUCCUCACGGAUGACGAUAUCCUCAUGGACAACAAGAACAGCAAUAGUCUAACGAACGGGGCUUUUACGGACGUUGAAGCUGGGUUUUGUUUCCCCUCUGAGUUCCCUGGCGGGUUUUCUUCGCCUCUGAGCUCUCCAGUUGAGUCCGUAGUGGGUUCUACUGAGACCGAGAGGGACGACGAGGACCUCAUGGCUGGGUUGACUCGCCAGUUGGCUCCCUCCAUCCUUCAAGAUCAUCAUGACCAGAGCCCCGCCCCUUCCUUUGGUACUGAAAACUCCAAGGCACGGGGUUUGUCUGGUUCCCCUCAAUCGGCCUUGUGCGGAGUUGAGAGCUGGUCGGCAUACAGUGCCGGAUCUAGUCGUGGAAGCCCAAAUGGCCCUUCUCAGGCGUCCUCGCCGCCAUCAACGCCGAUGAAUGGCAAAAAUGAUGCUUGGGAUCUGCUUUUUGCUGCGGCUGGGCAAGUCGUGAGGAUGAAGAUGAACGACGACAUUCCAGAUUGCUACCAAGGAUCAGGGCUUCUGGGUCCCCCAAGAAAACAUGUUCCGGUCAGUUCUAUCAAGAACCCUAAUGCACCUUUUUCCUCGAACCAGGCCCUUACCCACCAUCAAUUGCAAAAAAAUAAGUUUCAUCGGUUGAAACAACAGCAAGUAAUGAAGCAACAAUGCUCCUCUGUUUGGGGAAGACAGGGGAACCUAGGAAGAACUGUGCAGCCACGUGUAAACAGUAGAGCAAGGGCUGGUGGGUUUGGUAAUGGCAGUUGCAGCCGUCCUCUGGGUCUAUCAGCCUCUGCAUGGCCGCCCCUGCAACCGCAAUCGCAGCCACAGCAACAGCAGCAGCAGAUGGGUUCCGGUAUGCGAGCCGUUUUCCUUGGAGGUUCUGGUUCAAGAAGGGAGUCCACAGGUACUGGGGUUUUCUUGCCUCGCAGAGUUGGUGACCCAUCGGAAUCUCAAAAAAAAACAGCAUGUUCAACAGUUUUAGUUCCUGCAAGAGUGGUCCAGGCCCUCAACUUGAAUUUUGAUGAGAUGGGCGCUCAACCAUGCUUCGGUGGAGGAUUGGCUUAUAAUCAUGAUGUGCUGCUAUGUCAACAGAAGCGGAGCCUUCGACCUCAGGCGGCGAUGAACCAUGGGAUACGCCUUCCCCAGGAAUGGACGUAUUGGCUGUAGCUACUACUAAUUCUCUUAUUAUUAGUGUUAGUAAUUUUGGAUGGAAAAGAAGGAAAGGAGAUAACAGUUGCAAGGGAAAAAGAUAGAAGAAAAAAAAGGGUGGGGUAAAAAAAAACGAGGAAGAAGAUGUUGGUGGUUCUUGGAGGGAUUCUUUUAUAAAAUCCGAUUGCAGAAGAAAUAGAAGAUAGUUUAGGAAGAUUUUAAGAAAUGUAUGUUAGUCUUAGGGCGAGAAGAUUAGAAGUGAAUAAUAAAUUUCUGAUUUGUGGAAGAGGAAAGGAAGAAGAGACAUGCUUUUUGUUUUGGUUGGCUGGCUGUGGAAGAAGAAGCGGAAAUUAGUAAGUUUUUGUUAAUAAAGCGGGUGGUGUCAGUUCUGUAGGUGGGUGGAUAUUAGUUGGUUUUGGGAUUGGGGUCCUCUCUGUAAAUGUACUCAAUAUUUUUCUUCUGCAACAGCAGAGUACUGGGAAGAGAGGCGUGGAUGGGCGCUCAAAAACCCUGGCCACCUUUUUUUUGCCCUUUAUGGAUGAAGCUAUCAUGCACCUGUCCUCAGUCCCCACCCUGGCCAGAAUAUAUGAAAUAAAGGGAAAUUCGCUGGUUAUUCAA